AUGGCCAACCGUUCCGUCCAGGGUGGUAUUGGAUUCGCCGUUUUGGAGAAGCAAGCCUCCAAGUACAACGAGAAAGAGGGUGAGGCCCUCCUCGAGUGGAUCAAGCGGGUAUCUGGUGAGAACAUCAGCACCAAUGGAUCGCGCGACAACUUCCAGAAGCUGCUCAAGGAUGGAUCGCUGCUCUGCAAACUUGCCAACGGCAUCGAGGCGGGCAGCGUGAAGAAAAUCCAGAAGCCCAUCUCCAACUUUGCCUGCAUGGAGAACAUCAAUGCUUUCGUUGAGGCGGCCAAGAAAUUCGGCGUUCCGACCGAGGAGACAUUCCAAUCUGUCGAUCUUUUCGAGGGCCGAGACCUGUUCGCCGUGUGCAUGAUGCUGCUCUCCCUUGGCCGUAUCCUGGAGAAGCAGGGCAAGACGAACCCGUACAGCGGC